AUGAUCAACCCCAUAAAGAACCAGGCUGAACAGCGUAACCUAGCAGCAGCAGCCAAAUGUAGAGCCGAGCAUUCCUUCCCUCCGAAACUAUCCGGAUGGGAAUUCUACAGAUCCAUCGGAUCACCCAAAUACAUAGUUGCACCAAUGGUCGAUCAGUCAGAACUAGCGUGGCGGAUCCUCAGUCGUAGAUACAAUGCUGAUCUGUGUUAUACACCCAUGUUCAACGCCAAACUGUUUAUUGAAAAUAAACGUUACAGAGAUGAGCAAUGGACUGGGCUCGAAGAAGGUCUUGAAGGUGGAGGACUUAAUGAUAGACCGUUGAUUGCACAGUUUUGUGCAAACGAUCCAGAAUGUUUACUUCAAGCUGCACUGAUGGUGGCACCAUAUUGUGAUGCUGUUGAUCUUAAUCUAGGAUGUCCACAGCACAUCGCCAGACGUGGACAUUACGGCUCGUUUCUUAUGGAAGAUUGGCCCCUGAUAUCAUCUCUCAUCUCAACACUUCACAGGCACCUUCCCAUUCCUGUCACAGCAAAGAUUCGAGUCUUCCCUGAGGUAGAAAAGACUAUCGAGUACGCAAAGAUGGUUGUAGAAUCAGGUGCACAGAUGCUCGUUGUCCAUGGUCGUUUGCGUGAGAUGAAAGGCCAUUUGACUGGAAUAGCAGAUUGGGAAAAGAUUCGACUCGUUCAAGAGGCCGUUGGGGAUUUAGUGCCUGUCAUUGCCAACGGUAACAUCCUCUAUCAUGAAGACCUUGCUAAGUGCCUUGAGAAAACAGGAUGUGCUGGAGUCAUGACAGCAGAAGGAAACCUAUACAAUCCUGGUAUAUUUCAGCCAGGACAUUUAGAAGCUUGGAAGCUUGCUGAAGAGUACCUGACUAUCUGUGAUCAAGUUGAAACCAAACUAGCACAUAUUCGUGGGCAUUUGUUCAAGAUCUUCAGAACCAGUCUAUUAGUUCAUACAGAUCUCAGAUCGGAGCUCGGACUGGCAGAGAGCAACGAGCAAAUGUGGGCAGUUACGAAGAAAUUGAAAGCAAGGCUUAUGGCGGAUGCAGAGGCAUCACGUUCGACUAGAGGAGACUCUAAAGACCAAGCUGAUAACCAAGGUUUCCCAACUCUGCCCCACUGGUUCGUCCAGCCGUAUAUUAGGCCUGAGCAGCAACAACAGCAGCAGCAACAGAAAUGCAAGAGCAACAACGAACAGGAGGUACUAGGCACAACGAUGAUAGCUAGUGGCAAGGUAGACAUAAUGACUACGGAACAGCACAAGGAUGAGCUCAGUAUUAUUACCGCUGCAACAGAGUCAGAUCAAGCACAGGAUAUUAAUUCAAUCAUAUCAAACAAAAGGGUUAAGAAGAUAAAGCCCGUGUACAACCUUUGCCUGAGUGGCGCCUGUCAUCAUUCUUACUCAUUAAAAUGUGUGCAUCAACGAUGUAAACACUGCUGUCGGGACCAUAUGAGAGCCAUAGGCACUUUUGACUGUGAACAACAUCAAAUUCGGAGCCUCAAGCUUCAACAGGGUCCAUUUGGUGAGGUAGCAGAUUCACAAGAGAGAGCCAGCGUUAUAUUGCUUGAGAAUAUGCCCAACCAUGAGCCAACUGUUGAUUCAGAGAGCAAAAGGACUUGA